GUUUGAUAUGAUGAUUAGGGAAUAACCGGAGUGACACGUCGCAAACUCUCCAUAAUCAAGGAGACCUUUUUCCCGGGCGGUGAUCUCCAAAAUUGCUCAGUGAGCAACCCUAAUUAACCUGAUUUUUUGCUGAUAAUCACUCACAAUGGAAUCAAAUCACAAAUCCGGGGAUGGAUUGACCGGCACACAGAAAGAAGCCGCCCUCCGUGCGUUAAUUCAGCGAACAGGAUAUAAUUUGAUCCAGGAAAAUGGGCAGAGGAAAUAUGGAGGCCCACCACCCGGCUGGGAUGGCCCUCCGCCAGAGAGGGGGUGUGAGAUCUUUAUUGGGAAACUGCCCCGAGACCUCUUUGAAGAUGAACUUAUACCACUGUGUGAAAAAAUUGGCAAAAUCUAUGAAAUGAGAAUGAUGAUGGACUUUAAUGGCAACAACAGGGGCUAUGCCUUUGUGACCUUCUCAAAUAAACAGGAAGCAAGGAAUGCAAUAAAGCAACUCAAUAAUUAUGAAAUUAGGAACAGGCGUCUCCUCGGAGUCUGUGCCAGUGUGGACAACUGCCGCCUGUUUGUGGGAGGGAUCCCCAAAACGAAGAAGAGGGAGGAAAUUUUAGCAGAGAUGAAGAAAGUCACGGACGGAGUUGUGGAUGUCAUUGUCUAUCCUAGUGCAGCUGAUAAAACCAAAAACCGGGGUUUUGCUUUUGUGGAAUACGAAAACCAUCGGGCAGCAGCCAUGGCCAGGAGAAAAUUGAUCCCAGGAAGGAUCCAGCUGUGGGGACACCCUAUUGCCGUUGACUGGGCAGAACCAGAAGUGGAGGUGGACGAAGACACCAUGUCAUCGGUAAAAAUUCUCUAUGUGAGGAACCUCAUGCUCUCGACCACUGAAGAGACCAUAGAAAAGGAGUUCAACAACAUCAAACCAGGUGCGGUAGAGAGAGUAAAGAAAAUUAGAGACUACGCCUUUGUGCACUUUAAUAAAAGAGAAUAUGCGGUGGAAGCUAUGAAAGCCUUGAAUGGGAAGGUGCUGGAUGGGUCCCCAAUCGAGGUGACGUUAGCCAAACCCGUUGACAAAGACAACUACGUCAGAUACACCCGGGGCACAGGUGGCAGAGGUACCAUGCUGCAAGGAGAAUACACCUACGCCUUCGGACAUGUGUACGACCCCGCCACCACCUACCUGGGCGCCCCGGUUUUCUAUGCACCCCAAGCCUACACGGCUAUCCCCAACCUCCACUUCCCUGCCACGAAGGGGCUCAGCAACAGGAGCAUCAUCCGGCCCCCGUCCAUCCGAGAAAUUUACAUGAAUGUACCUGUAGGGGCUGCGGGAGUUAGAGGACUGGGAGGUCGUGGCUACCUGGCAUACACGGGCCUGGGGCGCGGAUACCAGCUCAAAGGAGAAAAGAGGGGAGACGAUAAACUCUACGACCUCUUGCCAGGAAUGGAGCUCACACCGAUGAACCACGUCACACUAAAGCCCCAAGGGAUCAAACUCGCUCCUCAGAUCUUAGAAGAAAUCUGCCAGAAAAACAACUGGGGACAGCCUGUUUACCAGCUCCACUCUGCAAUUGGCCAAGACCAAAGACAGCUCUUCCUAUACAAAAUCACCAUCCCUGCCCUCGCCAGCCAGAACCCCACCAUACAUCCCUUCACACCACCCAAGCUCAGUGCCUAUAUCGAUGAAGCCAAAACCUACGCAGCAGAAUACACCCUUCAGACGCUGGGGAUUCCCAUGGAGGGAGCAGAGGUGGCUCCUGCAGCACCAGCUUUUCCAGGUAUGGGAAGGAUAUACCAUUGCUAACGCAGCCGCGACCGUCACAGCCACUCAGCUCAAGCAAGCGGUGACUAUGGGGCAAGAUUUAGCAACAUACGCAGCCUAUGAAGCCUACCCGGCCUUCGCAGUCGCUGCACGCAGUGAUGGCUACGGAGCGUAUUAAUCCUGUCUUUAAUCGAGUUCCCUUAAAUUGAGCACAGGCAGAAAAAAAAAUAUCUCAGUCUGGUAAUUCUUACACCCUCAUGAUUUUAAACUAAUCUGUCGCCUAAAGUUAGAUUUUUAGUCGGAGUUUCAUUCUUGUAGUUCUUUAGUUUCAUAACAGAAUAUUGGGGGGGGGAGGAGGAAAAAAAAAAUCACUCAAAAUCAGAUUUUCACACUAGAAAGCAAAAUCUCAGCCCAGAAAAUGAAUGGUUCUCAGGUGUGUAUAUAUACAUGUGUAUAUAUACAUACACACUGUUGUGUGUUUACAAGCAACAACCUGUGCUGAAAACAGUUGGUCCUGUGGACAUUGUGACAUGGGACUCGGGAAGGCUGGGGUGUCUCCAGCAAGCCCCUCUGUGCAUCAGGAGUUCUCCUCCGUUCAUCCCCAAAUUUCUCAAGCCAGGCAGAGCAGCGGAUAAAAUGAAAGGUUGUCCUUUUGCCCCGCGGAGGUCUCCAGUUUGCAUCUUACAGCCUCCAGUGCUGCGGGGAUGUGUUCAGGCAUCUCAAGCAACUUUUAAAUUUAUUCUGGCACAGCCAAAGAAAAAAGACAUUUAUCAUAAACAUGUCCACCCAGCCUAACAGGCUAGUUUGCAUGUUCUUGAGCGCUGAUUUGAUUUUUAAAGCAGGAGGCAAGCAUUCAGCAGUUUUCCCUCUUUGCUACUUCCCGGCCAUACCUACAAGUCACAAAACAGCAAAUAACAGCAUAUUUUUAGCAACCUCCCAUCAAAUGGCACAUUCAGUGAAAGAUAGGAAAACUUUUAGGACUAUUAAGGUUGACCAGAAAAGUGCUCUUCAUUAGGGCUAGUUCUCUACUUAAUUAGAGCAAAAGAGCUCACAGCAGUGGCCCAGUAAUAACAGGCACCUCUACAGGAAUAAAAUUAUAUACAGGGAACCUUGUAUAUGCACACUAAGAAAAUUUGAAUCUGCUCAGUCUAGGAUCAAAAAAACCCCUUUUUGGGGAGAGAGUUUACCAGCUGGCUGAUGAUGCCCAUUAAUUCCAACAGAUCUGGCCCCAGAUUUUUCAUCUGGUUUAGGUGAUGUAAUGUGGCAUCACACAAGCUGUUUUAAGUGGAGCUUUUCCCGUGCAUCCCCAAAGCUGUACAAGGCACAAUGGUCUGUGACAAGGUGUUGACUACCAGGAGCUAUUUUCUAUUCUCACACUUCAUCUGACUCGAUUUCACUGGGAAUGGAACAAAAACACAUAUACUGUAUAGUUUGUGGUCCUAUCAGACCCCUUCUAUUUAUAAAGUAGCUCAUUAGGGUGAUCUUAAAGGUAUUACAAGCCCUCUAUAGUUGCUGUUCAGCACGCUUAGCUUUGCAGAAAACAACAAACCUGUUCACAGAGGGUGAAAUAACCAAGAGUGUUAUGGGUAUCAUGGCUUUAUUUUCUCUUCUGUCUAUGUCUUUUAAAUCGUGUUUGCCAACGAGUAACAUAUCCAUGCGUGUCUGUCUCUCUCUAAAAGACUCCUGUUGGCAGAAAGUGUUUCUCGCUUUCCAUGUUCAGUAGCUUUAGUCUGCUUUUUCAGCUAUUUAUGUAAGUUCAGAAAGAUGUCAAAGAAAAGGGCAAGAAGCAGUAUUAAAAGUGUGUGCAUGAAGCACUUAUUUUUGUACGCGUAGUACAAUAUUUGUAUAGAGUUUUAACACUAUGAAGUGUAGUGAAGAAUCACACUAUCCAUUUAUUGGAGGACAAUCAUGUAUGUUUAAUCAGAAUGAAGUGAAAAUGGCAUCUCAAUCAUCUGUGACAAGGAAACUAUAACUGGGAUUAAAUUCUGUGAAGCAAGUCUGUAAUUCUAGAGUAAUCCAAGGACAUUAACUGGACUUUGAAAUAUCAUUAAAACUUUUUAAACCAA